AUGGAUUGUCACCUCUCCAUCCUCGUCCUGCUCGGCUGCUGCGUCCUCAGCUGCUCCGGGGAACUGAGCCCACAGCCUUCCAACGAAGUUAAUCUACUAGACUCAAAAACAAUUCAAGGCGAACUGGGCUGGAUCUCCUACCCAUCGCACGGGUGGGAAGAGAUCAGUGGCGUGGAUGAACAUUACACACCCAUCAGGACAUACCAGGUUUGCAAUGUUAUGGAUCACAGCCAAAAUAAUUGGCUGAGGACAAACUGGGUACCCAGAAACUCAGCUCAGAAGAUCUAUGUGGAGCUAAAGUUCACACUACGGGACUGCAACAGCAUUCCAUUGGUUUUGGGGACUUGCAAGGAGACCUUUAACCUUUACUACAUGGAGUCUGAUGAUGAUCAUGGUGUCAAAUUCCGAGAACAUCAGUUUACAAAGAUUGACACCAUUGCCGCUGAUGAAAGUUUCACUCAGAUGGAUCUCGGGGACCGCAUCCUGAAACUCAACACUGAGAUUAGAGAAGUGGGACCGGUCAACAAAAAGGGGUUUUAUUUGGCUUUUCAAGAUGUUGGUGCUUGUGUUGCAUUGGUGUCUGUGAGAGUAUACUUCAAAAAGUGUCCAUUUACAGUGAAGAAUCUGGCAAUGUUUCCAGACACAGUGCCCAUGGACUCCCAGUCCUUGGUGGAGGUCAGGGGCUCCUGUGUCAAUAAUUCCAAGGAGGAGGAUCCUCCCAGGAUGUACUGCAGUACAGAAGGUGAAUGGCUUGUCCCCAUCGGCAAAUGCAUGUGCAAUGCUGGGUAUGAAGAACGAGGUUUCACAUGCCAAGCUUGUCGACCAGGCUUCUACAAGGCUUCAGAUGGUAUUGCCAAGUGUGCCAAGUGCCCACCACGCAGCUCAACACAAGAAGAAGGUUCAAUGAACUGCAGGUGUGAGAAUAAUUAUUUCCGGGCAGACAAAGACCCUCCAUCCAUGGCUUGUACCCGACCUCCUUCCCCACCAAGAAAUGUUAUCUCUAACAUAAAUGAGACCUCAGUUAUCCUGGACUGGAGCUGGCCCCUGGACACAGGGGGCCGGAAGGAUAUUACCUUCAACAUCAUAUGUAAAAAAUGUGGGUGGAAUGUCAGGCAGUGCGAGCCUUGCAGCCCCCACGUCCGCUUCCUCCCUCGGCAGCUCGGACUGACCAACACCACGGUGACAGUGACAGACCUCCUGGCACACACUAACUACACUUUUGAGAUCGAUGCCAUUAAUGGGGUGUCAGAGCUGAGCUCGACACCGAGACAGUUUGCUGCAGUGAGCAUCACAACCAAUCAAGCUGCUCCAUCACCUGUUGUGACAAUUAAGAAAGAUCGGACCUCCAGAAACAGUAUCUCUUUAUCUUGGCAAGAACCUGAACAUCCAAAUGGAAUUAUACUGGAUUAUGAGGUCAAAUACUAUGAAAAGCAGGAACAAGAGACGAGUUAUACCAUUUUGAGGGCACGAGGCACAAACGUUACUAUCAGUAGCCUCAAGCCAGAUACUACUUAUGUAUUCCAAAUCCGAGCCCGGACAGCAGCGGGAUAUGGAACCAACAGCCGCAAGUUUGAGUUUGAAACUAGUCCGGACUCUUUCUCCAUCUCUGGUGAGAAUAGCCACGUGGUGAUGAUUGCUAUUUCAGCAGCAGUGGCCAUCAUUGUCCUCACUGUUGUCAUUUAUGUUUUGAUUGGGAGGUUCUGUGGCUAUCACAAGUCAAAGAACAGUUCUGAUGAGAAGCGCCUUCACUUUGGGAAUGGGCACUUAAAACUUCCAGGUCUUAGGACAUAUGUUGAUCCACAUACAUAUGAGGACCCUACUCAAGCAGUGCACGAGUUUGCAAAGGAGUUGGAUGCUACCAACAUAUCCAUCGACAAAGUUGUUGGAGCAGGUGAAUUUGGGGAAGUGUGCAGUGGCCGUUUAAAACUUCCUUCCAAAAAAGAGAUUUCAGUGGCCAUCAAGACCCUGAAAGUAGGCUACACAGAGAAGCAGAGGAGAGACUUCCUGGGAGAAGCGAGCAUCAUGGGACAGUUUGACCACCCUAACAUCAUCCGACUGGAGGGAGUUGUUACUAAAAGUAAGCCAGUGAUGAUUGUGACAGAAUACAUGGAAAAUGGCUCCUUGGACAGUUUCUUACGUAAACACGAUGCCCAAUUCACGGUCAUCCAGCUGGUGGGGAUGCUCCGUGGGAUAGCGUCAGGGAUGAAGUACCUUUCAGAUAUGGGCUAUGUGCACCGGGACCUUGCUGCUCGGAACAUCUUGAUCAACAGCAACUUGGUGUGUAAGGUGUCUGACUUUGGACUCUCUCGGGUACUGGAAGAUGACCCAGAAGCUGCCUACACAACCAGGGGAGGAAAGAUACCAAUACGGUGGACCUCACCAGAAGCAAUUGCCUACCGCAAGUUCACAUCAGCCAGCGAUGUGUGGAGUUACGGGAUUGUUCUCUGGGAAGUGAUGUCUUACGGAGAAAGGCCAUAUUGGGAGAUGUCCAAUCAGGAUGUAAUUAGAGCCGUGGAUGAAGGCUAUCGCCUGCCCCCUCCCAUGGACUGCCCGGCUGCCUUAUACCAGCUGAUGCUGGACUGUUGGCAGAAAGACAGGAACAACAGACCCAAGUUUGAGCAGAUCGUCAGCAUUCUGGACAAACUCAUCCGGAACCCAAGCAGUCUGAAGAUCAUCACCAGCGCAGCAGCAAGGCCAUCAAAUCUUCUUCUGGACCAAAGCAAUGUCGACAUCACUAGCUUCCACACAACUGGUGAUUGGGUUAAUGGUGUCCGGACAGCACACUGUAAGGAAAUCUUCACCGGUGUGGAAUAUAGCUCCUGCGACACCAUCGCCAAGAUCUCCACAGAUGACAUGAAAAAGGUUGGCGUUACUGUGGUUGGGCCACAGAAGAAGAUCAUCAGCAGCAUUAAAGCCCUAGAAACACAAUCUAAGAAUGGUCCCGUUCCAGUGUAAAGUACUAGAUGGAUUUGAGAAAUGGGGAAGAUGUGGUAUCCUCCUGCAAACAGAUGGAGAUGAAGAGACACUGGCGAGAGCUCCCAA